GUUAAAUGUGAUUUCAACGGUAGAUCUAAAGCCUUAAGUCCCCAUCAUCUCUGUUCCCGAUCCCCGAUCGCAGUUUCGCGCCUCCCGCGCUCCUUUCAGCCUUCGUCCGACCUCCAUCAGCUACUACCAGACCAGAUCACAGCACAGAAUGUCUCGCCGCUACGAUAGCCGGACAACAAUUUUCUCCCCUGAAGGACGCCUCUACCAAGUGGAGUAUGCUAUGGAGGCCAUUGGCAAUGCCGGGGCAGCUAUUGGCAUCCUAGCACGUGAUGGUGUUGUCCUGGUUGGCGAGAAGAAGGUUACCUCAAAACUUCUCCAGACAUCCCGGUCAACUGAGAAGAUGUACAAGAUUGAUGACCACCUUGCCUGUGCUGUUGCUGGCAUCAUGUCUGAUGCCAACAUCCUUAUCAACACUGCCCGUGUGCAGGCCCAGCGUUACACCUUUGCCUAUCAGGAGCCCAUGCCUGUUGAGCAGCUGGUUCAAUCACUUUGUGAUACCAAGCAGGGCUAUACCCAGUUUGGUGGCCUCCGGCCUUUUGGUGUCUCCUUUCUUUUUGCAGGAUGGGACAAAAAUUUUGGAUUCCAGCUGUACAUGAGUGACCCUAGCGGCAAUUACAGCGGAUGGAAGGCAGCAGCAAUUGGUGCCAACAACCAGGCAGCACAGUCAAUGCUGAAGCAAGACUAUAAGGAUGAAAUUACAAGGGAGGAGGGGGUUCAGCUCGCUUUGAAGGUUCUGAGAAAGACCAUGGACAGCACGAGCCUGACAUCAGAAAAACUUGAACUGGCAGAGAUUUUUCUAGAGCCCACUGGAGAGGUGAAAUAUCAGGUGUGCAAGCCGGAGCUGCUAGAGAGGUUGCUGGUGAAGUGUGGGGUGACCCAAGCUGCUGCUGAAUCCACAUAAAUUUGUUCCUGGUGCAUGCUUUUAGGACCAUUGGAAAAUGUGUAACUUAGCAUUUGGAGCAUUACUAUAUACCUGUUUAGAACUGAUUGUCAUAUUUAUGUUUUGAUGUAUAAACUCUCCAAAUUAGACAUACUUCUCCUUUCCAUGUUGUUGGAACUGUCAAUUCAGAUAAUUGGGGUAUGACAUUCGUCUUUCAA